CUAAUUGCUCAUUAGGAACUCAUCAAGCAUGAGUGUUACUUCGCAAGCUACACGGUGAUGGGUGCAAGUCGUUAAUUCGGGCUGUGCUGUAAUUUUUUUGUGCUUAACAGUUCCUAUCUCUUCAAGUUUGCAACAAGGUGCCGUCUGCUUGCUUGGUGCCCAGUUAACAUAACCGCCAGCUACUAUAUUCGUUUGUCCCUGUUUUCCUGCGGCCAAACCAUUGAGUGGACAGCCUUGUCCCUGCGGUAUGCUGUGUAGGAUUCCCCGGUUUGACCUUCUGGCCUGGUGCAGCUUGAUGCCAGGGCUUUUGAUGCCUGUCCCUCCUACUCAGAGCUGCUCUUUAGAUGAUACUGAUGCGUCCUACCACGCAACUAAAGAUUUUCAUGUCUGAUAAACUGCAUGCUGACUGAAUGCAAGGCAACCACUAAAAAUAUUGCUGGAACGCCAAAAUGUCUAAUAAGACUUUCAACAUGUUUACUGACAAAGUGGACUGCACAGUUCCUCUGCCCCAUAGAGAUCUGCGAGUGGGACUUUCCCCUGAGAGUCAUUGUAGCGGCUCAUCACCAUCCCUUUCACUCGACUCAGACUGUAGUAAUCCUAACUUGAGUGACAGAGAAACCAAUGGCUCGCCCGACAUUAACAUGCUGGAUUGCUGCCUCAUUGAUGGUUCCACUAUGGAUGACUCAUAUAACAUCACUAUACCACAGGCUAAUUCCUUGUACGAUGGAAGCACAAAUCUGAAUCGGACUUUUAUUGCAACACCUGAUGGUGUCAGUGUACAUUUUUGGAAUGAAAACUUGAGUAACCAUGAGAGAAGUUUAGAGAAGUACCAUACUUUUAGCAAGAAUACAGAGGAUGUUAGUGAUAGCACAGUGAUGUCUCCAGACUCUGCUGGGAAGGAAAGCCAGUUGAGUUCAUGUGAGACCUCCCGUAGAGGAUCAAGCGAGAAUGACAGCUGCUCCCUUAGUUCUGGGGAGAUGGUAAUAAGGAGCAACAGUUUUUGUUUUGAGGAUCAGUCUGUCUUGGUUGUCUCUUCCCUGGAUGAGUCAUCCAUCUCUGAAGUUGCUGGCUGUUCUACUUUACCUUCUCACACAUAUCUGCUGUCAACCACUCUACCAGAUGUCUGUGAAAACUCAACACAAAGAGAGGUCAUAAAUGGGGACACGGGCCACUCAUCUCUUGGCAGGACUUUCACUCAGGCAGAGCUCCCUACUAAGGAAAAGGAUAUUUCUAGAGCAAUCUCACCCAUAUCUAUGCCAGCUGAGGAUGAAGGGGGGUGUUUUAUGACAUUUGUUUGUGAAGCAUCUCCUUCAGAUUGUGAAAUAGAGGCUCGGUUGUCAGGAGCUGAAGCAGAAAUACUUGUUUUUCCAGGGCAGCUUACACUUGGACAUGGCAAAGCAGUUUUUUCCACUUUCUCUGCCGUGAAAGGCAUUGAUAAGGAUAUUCAUACUUCCACUCCAGUGCAAACCACAGGGAACAAAAUACCCAACCUUCCUUCCUUUUCAGAGUCUCCAUGCACUGAAAAUGCUGUCACCCCAGUGAAACCUGUGAAACAGCAGCAAACUUCUGGAACCCCUAAACAACCUUUGGUCUCAGGACUGCAUUCAGCCAGCAAAUUCAAGAAGCGGGAAAUCAAAAAGUUUCCAAAGUCAGACUUCAGUGGAGUGAAAUCUAAAGUUGUGACAAGAAAUGUGCAUCAAAUGUCUGUAGCAGGUUGUGCCUCACAGCACCAACCAUCUCAAGCAAAAAAGAACAACCACCCCACUGAUUCACAUGGAGGAGCAGCUACCAGGGUUAGUCCUGCCAAGGUAAGAAGCAGGACAACAGUUGUCUCUAACACAGCCAAACCAGCCCCUGAUGCCCUGAGACAAGGGAAUUCAGAGGCUGCUAAUUUUGGAGCCUCAGUGUUACAGUUAACUGGGCAUUUUACCAGGGAUGGACAGGGUACAGCAUCACCACCAUGCCACCUCUCAUCUGAUAAUACACAUGCUUUAGCGCUAAAAUGCAGUAAUGCCUGCUCUAAAUCUGAAAAUGCAGCUUGUGGCCAAUUGGCAAAUACAGACGCAGAACAUGCUGGCAACAAGACCUUCUGCUUUUCAGACUUGGAAAAAUCCUCAACCAAAAUUGAGGUCAGAUCAGGCUCGACAUUAGGUCAGGACAAUUCUCGUGCCCUUAAGUCAAGGCCUCGAUGCUCAUCGGAGAGUUUAUCAUCAGCCUCUUUGCCAACCAGGGAAAAAAGAACAGCCCUUAGAUUCUCAACUAGCUUAACCAUUUCCAAAGUUGACAACCUCCUCGGCAAAACCAAACCAGGGAGUCUGAACUGCAACUCCAAGAAUAAAAAUGCCUUACAGACUGAGUCCACAAACAGACCUGCAGAAAACUCAAAAAGAGGAGUUAAGAAGAUCAGCCCGGUGAUGGAGUCCAGAAAAUCAACAACAGCCAUAGCCUCAUUGGAUGAUGGCAAAAGCAGGUUUCGAGGAGGGCCAUCUCCCAGACAAAUGAGAGUAGCACCACUUUCACAGUCACCAGCUGCCAGUCCAAGACCAACAACGCUCUCAGCCAGGCAGAGGCAGGGAACUCUGAUCAGGGAUGAAUGCAAGACCCCAAGAGCUGUAGAGACUGCACUACUCAAAGUAAAGAGCAGUACAGGUACUCAGAAAAUACAGACACCAGGAGGGCCAUUUAUUGGAACUUCAUCAUCAGCAAGUCUAAAGCCCCAGUUGAACAGAUGCCAAACUCCUCAGACUACUACUCGCUCCUCUCUCAUGGGUUUGCUGCCGACUCCUGCUUCUAGACUGCCGCGCAAGACCCCGGGACCAUUCAAAGGCCUUGCUGAACCCGGUGUUCACACAGAGUACAGUGAAGUUUCCGGAGGAGCUGCACAAAAGCAAACACCAUUUAGAGCUGCAGUGCUAAAGGCAAAGCCCAUUACAAGCCCUGGGAACAAAGCAAGAGCAGCUUUUGCCACAGGAUUGAAACCUGCUGCUCCAACAAGCAAAGGACCUCCAAAUUUGACUGUCUGUCCACUCAAAAGGAAUGCCUCUGCAAGGCUUUGUCUACCUUCUAGUGGACCUGUGGACAAGAGCAAACCCAAGACCAACUACCGCCCACAUCAGCCUCAGCAACACGCACCCCAACCCAACAAGAGUAAUGGUCCUCCAGAUGUGGUACCAGCAAAUGUGACCGAGGGUGUAACAAAGGACCAGAGUACUGACCAGCUCAGAGAGCUACUGGCAGCAGGUGAUCGCAGAUUUGAGGCAGUUGCUAUCGUCUUGCAGCAAACUCUAUCUGAGCAUGAAGAAGCCACAAAGCAUUGCAGGGAGCUUUCCCAGGAGCUGGUCAACCUCAGAGGAGAGCUGGUUUGCUCGGUCCUUUCAUCCGAACGUCUAGAAAAGGAGAAGGAUGAGUUGCGCGCUACACUGGAGGAUGCACUGCACAAACUGCAGGAGCAGCACCAAAAAGACCUGGCCGAACUGGAGCAGAAACUUCAGACCGUCUACCAGGCUGAGUGGGACAAAGUUCACCUCACCUACCAGGAGGAGGCUGAUAAGUGUAAGGCUCUCAUGCAACAGCAGAUUGGAGAGCUUAAAGCCAAUCAUGAAGCCAUUCAGCUUGACCUACAGAAAAGCCAUGUAGAGGAACUUCAGUGUGUAAAACAGCGAUAUGAAACAUCACUAGAAGAGCUCAGCAAAGUCCACAAACAGGAGCUGCAGUGUCUGGGUCAAACUUUGAAAGAAGCAGAAGCUGCUUUAUCUGAGAAGAUUGAGGAGCUAACAGAGGAGAACAAUGCACUCAUUGAGAAGCUAUCUGCAGAGGAAAACAGGAGGAAAGAGCUGACUGAAAAGUGUCAGAAGGAUUCACAAACCCUGUAUCUGGAGCAAGAACUAGAUAGCCUCAAAGUGGUGCUGGACAUCAAAAACAAGCAGCUCCAUCAACAGGAAAAGAAGCUGAUGGAGGUCGACAAACUGAAAGAGAAAAAUGUGAAGUUGGAUGAGAGCCUGAAGAGGGUUCAGCAGGAGAACGAGGACCUGAAAGCCCGCAUGGAUAGACAUGCUGCAAUGUCAAGACAGCUGUCAACAGAACAGGCAGUGCUGCAAGAAUCCCUUCAGAAGGAGUCCAAGGUGAACAAGCGAUUGUCAAUGGAGAAUGAGGAGCUGCUGUGGAAACUCCAUAAUGGAGAUUUGAGUAGCCCCCGCAAGUUAUCCCCCACCUCCCCCUUGCCCUCCCACUCCUUCAGCCUCCAAUCCCCUCGCAGCUCCGGCCUGUUCUCCAGCCCUCCUGUUUCUCCCAGAUAACGAUGGGCCCCUGCUUCCAGGAAGCAGACCUUCACUUUUGAGUUAUCCCUCUGGAAUUCAGAGCCAUGUUUGUUUCCUUUUAGCUUAGCAUCACAACAGCCUGGCCUUGGCUCCUUCAGGAUUGGAUGAACUCUGAAACUCAGUGUUGAGACCCUACCAGACUGUUUAUAAAAACAUUGCACAAAAGCACUUAAGAAGCACGGUGACCUUGUUCUCUGCCUUUGGGACAUCUCCUACUAUGAAUGGAGAAAAGGAAAUCUCAGGACUUGUUUGAAAUGAUGACACUAUUUUUGUUACUUGUUCUUGUUUGCAGAGGUUUGUUUUUCCUGAAGCUUAAUGUACACCUGGUACAUGCAGUAAAAAACUACACAAACACAUCUGUUUUCUCCAUACAUAUGCAGAUACUGUUGUGAGUGAGGGCUUCUUUUGUCUAUGGAGACCAUUGCCAUGAUAACUAAUAAUUACCCUUCUCCUCAGGAUGCAUUUUAUUUGAAAUAUUAUUCUAAGAAGGAUUUAUGCACCAUUUCUCAUAUAUAUCUGUACUGAACAGAGAAUUUGUAAAUCUAUCCAGCUGCCUGCAACAGUGCUGUGAAAAUCCCAAGCUGUUGCCAAUUUAUUUGAACUGACAUUUUGUUAAAGGUCAAAAUACUUGACAUCUUUAGCUAUUGGAGCAUCAUCUGUGGCCUCCUACAUGUUUUGUUGUUCACAUUUUUUGACCAUGGGACCAACCCAAAAGGCUUUGUGCAUGUGUUUGAUUUUUCUCACCCCUCACUGAUCCCUCCCAAUGCAGCUUUAAAGUUAGGAUCUUUGCAAAGAGUUGACUGGAAAAAGCUUUACAGUAUUGUACAUUUCAGAGACACUGCCUCUUGAAACUGUCUCAGAAGAGUAUUUUGUGUGGAAUGUUGGUCUGUUGAUCCUGUUUUGAAAUAUGCAAUUAAUAAAGUCUCGUAUUAAACCGGAAA